AUGAAGAAUUCAUAUGAGGAAAAAAAGAUUCAAAAGUUUAUAUCUUUAACUGAAUGUACACCUAAGUUAGCCAGGAAGUAUUUACAAAGGAACCAAUGGUAUAUCGAUUAUGCUUUGAAUGAUUUCUAUGAUUCAGAAUUAGGCGGAUUCGUUGAUACUGCACCUAAGGAUAUCAAAUAUCCACAAGAAUUGAUUGAUCUAUUUAAUAAAUAUUCACCUGAUGGGAACGAAAUUGAUGUUGAGGGUAUUAUGGCCUUCAUUGAUGAUUUGGGCUUGAAACUUGAGGAUAUAGUUACAAUAUGCCUAGCUAAGUUACUUGGUUGGAAUAAACUUACAGAUCUAAUCACUAAAGAUCAAUUUCUAUCUAACUGGUACAUGCAAGGUUGUUCACAUAUUAGCGAAAUGAAGACGGUAAUGCAAGACUUGAAGAAUAAACUAGCAACUGACCCAAAGUACCUUACUGAUGUAUAUAAUUUUACUUUUGAUUUAAUCAUAGACGAUGAUGCAAAAAUGUUAGAUCUCAAAACUGCAAUUGAAUACUGGAAAUUAUAUUUCUGUCAGGAUCUUGAGAGAAAGGUCGUACUGGAGAUAGACCCAAAACUGUUAGCCGAUUGGGUCAUAUUUUUGGAGACAGAAAAUCGAAAUGAUAUCACUAAGGAUUGUUGGAAAAUGCUCUUAGAAUUCUUUAGGAAAUAUCCUACUUUGGAUGCCAUAGCUGAAGAUUAUGAUGAAAAUGAUCCUUGGCCAUACAUAUUCGACGAAUUUUAUGAAUACCUUCAAGAAAUAAAGGGAAUUUAA